UUAGGAAAUGAGCGAGUGAGCAAAUGAAUGAAUGCGCAGUAACACGGAGAGUUAAACAGCAGUAGCAGUGGUGACAGUACUUUACUAGUAACCGAAAAAAGUAGGAGUCAGUGUCUUGGACAUCUUCAGCGCGUGAGGCUGUUGUUAUCGUUCAAAUCCUCCAUUUGUCCUCUUUUUGCUGUUGCUGUCGGCGCUCGUAGGGGCUUUCCUUGUAGUGUCAAUGGCGGUUGGGGGCAUUACGAUAGUGAUAAAAAUCGCGAUAGACGCAAGGGUUCUCCCUUCUCGUUGUCGUCGUGCUUUAGAGUAAUUUGCUAUGUUUGGGGUGGAUUAAGUCCUUUUAACAAAGAGUUUGCUUGUUGUUGUUUUUCCGUGGCGGCUACUGUCUGUGUUGUUAAUGUUUAGGUUGUCCUUCUUGUGCCGGUGACAGCCGUGUUUGUUCGAUUCCGUUAGCUCUUGUUUCCACCAAAGCAAUAUCAGGGUGAACGAUGCAUAGAAAAGCGACAGAGACGGCCAAAUGAACAGAAUAGGCGUCUAUUACACUAGGCGACGAUCGGUGAGCGCGCAUCUUGUAACAGAAUAGAAUGAAUACAACUGACUGAACAAAGUGCGGCAGACGAAAAAUUUCACGAAAGUCGGGACAACGAUGCAUGGACUGCUGUAAACAGGGAAGAGGCUUGAAGGCUGACUGAGUGAACGUCCAUCUGACAGACAACUGCCUAAGUAAACGUCGGAAGCAGCAGUAUCUGUCUAUUUUGCUAACAGAAGAAACGUAAAAAAGACACUGGCGGAACUCAAUUCACACUAGCUCAGCAUACAUAUAAAAUAUCUGUCGGAAUAUACUAGCGAUUACUAUUGACUGCUGUUCGUUCUGGCGUUCGUAUUUGUAACAGUAAUACUCGACCACUUGUCGACUUUACCAUCACAAAAAGCAGAAAAGUCUUUCUGCUCAAUCAUCAGAAGAAAAGUCAGUCUUAGGCUCACCGUUAUUAUUUGGCCGCAUGAGUGAAAUAAUGCAUUAUCUUUUUUUUUGAGGAGACAUAAUCGACAAACCCGCUUUAUCAUUGCUGUUACUACAAUUACUGUAGCCACCUUUCGCAUUCAACGGCAUCGUUCGCUACUGUGCAGAUUUUCGAAGGAGAUUGCCCUCAUUAAGAAGGAAAACACCGAGGCGAAGGAGAAUUUUCGAGGAAGAAUAAAAAACGACAGGGAAAGCCAAAGAGGAGUUUUAUAGGCCGCGCCGCUCACACACAUGGUAACGAGUCUACUAAUAGCAGUCUAGUGGCUAAUCUACGGCUAUAUCUUGUCGUACUGCUUGGCUGUCUGUGUCCGUAUCUAAAGGAAAUGCCCCUGCAGGAAUCUGCGAACGUGCCAACAUAAAGCUAAUUACGGUAGCGCAUUUACUAUUAAAAAUGAUGACUGCGACAGUAUCCACUGGUUCGCGCUUGCGACUAAGCAGCGGAUACCAAAUUGUUGUGUGUGUUCGAUAUAUACGUAACGUUUCGUCGCAUGCUUGUUUCUCAGCAGAAGGCUACUGACGACGACUACUGGAAGAUUGUAAUUUGUGUGUGACCAUGCAGGCCUGUGUUAAAAGCGUAAUUGUUUCAAGUUCAUGUUGCCGGUGAGCCUUCAAAGACCUUCACUGCGGUUUUUAGAGUGAUCGGAUUGGGUUGAUUUUGAGCGGGUCGCUGGAGUUUCAUCUUGGAAAGAGCUGCACGUAACAUAGAGCGAAUCGGAUGAAUACCUUUUCCCGGCGGAGGAAUUUAUUCCAUAGAGAGUACCGCUGAUUUAGGCCUACUCGAACGCUGAAUGUAUCGAAGCUAAUCUGUGGGAACAUCUCUUCUAACAAAACCAUCAUUAUACCGUAAAAGCAACUGUUAAAAAAGUAAGCACUAAUCAAAAAAGUCUAUCAAACAAAGUUGAAAGCUAAUGAGAUAAAUAGUAUGUGAUUUGCAAUCUUGUAAACUGGUGCAAGCCGGAAGCAAAGAGGGCAUCCAGAAAAACUGCUGUGGCCAAUUUAAACACUGGCUGGUGAUGAAAUACCGUCACCAUUAAAAACAACUUUGAGCAUCUUCGGCUAUCGUCUACGGAUCCCGAUGCGGAUAUCAUCAGGGACGAUGACGUUGCGGCUGCGACAUCCUUCUCCACCUGUAUCUAUUACGACUAUCCUCUCGUCUAUAUCUACGAAGUACCUUUGGGUAUCCGUGCGAACAAUUGCAUUGGUUCUUCUCUACUAUAGCUUCUCUAUUGGGAUUACUUUCUACCAGAAAUGGUUCAUUAAAGAAUUUCAUUUUCCACUAAUCGUCGUCACGUGUCAUCUUGUUGUCAAGUUCAUCCUUUCGUGGCUCUGUCGAGUGGUGUACACUUUGUUCACUCGUCGGACGAGGGUACUACUGCCAUGGAACGUUUACGUCCGUCAUUUGGCUGUUACCGGAGUUGCAUCAGCUCUUGAUAUCGGCUUCAGUAAUUGGAGCUUUGAAUUCAUCACUAUAUCACUGUACACAAUGACUAAAUCUACAUGUAUCAUCUUCAUUUUGGCUUUUUCGCUGUCAUUCGGUCUUGAACAGCGACGACCAUCGUUGAUCGCGGUUGUUUCUCUCAUCGGAAUGGGUCUGUUUCUAUUCACGUACCAAUCGACCCAAUUCAACCUCGAAGGAUUCUUACUUGUGCUCAGUGCCAGCGCACUUGCUGGACUCCGAUGGACGCUGGCGCAAUUAGUUAUGCAACGGAAAGAACUUGGUUUGGGCAAUCCCGUUGACAUGAUGUAUCAUAUCCAGCCGUGGAUGAUACUUGGUCUGCUUCCGUUGGCCAUAGCGUUUGAGGGGCCUCGAUUAGCGACGUCGGAAAAAAUCUUUCGUUUCCAUCCAGAACAAGAAGAUGUCCUUCUAACCAACGUACUUCGUAUUAUUGGCGGAUCUGUAAUAGCUUUUCUCAUGGAGGUCUCCGAAUAUUUACUUCUCAGCUAUACCUCAUCUCUAACACUCUCCAUUGCUGGGAUUCUCAAGGAAACAUUUACGCUCUACCUGGCUGUAGUGUAUAGCGGAGACAUACUCAGCCCACUGAAUAUGGUCGGCUUGGUUAUAUGCCUCACGGGAAUAUCGCUUCACAUUGUUUAUAAAAGCAUACAUCAAACCAACGAUGAGGAUCAGACAGGACCUUCAACAUCUGAGAGGACCGCUGAACCUGGCUUUAAAGAUGGCUCCGUGAGAGCCUGCUGAAUUCCAACUCUGCCAAUGAAAAGGCCUGAUUACUUUCUGAGGAGACUCCUUAAAAUAGAGAGCUAUUGUUACUACAGAUGUUUGUACAGCAAAUUAGAUAACUAAGUCGGUUGACAUAACGAUUGCUACUAGACUGUUUGUGCUCAUUCGAGAUCGUCAUAUCAACCACUUAUAGUAUUGUAUAUGGAAGAAAGAUAUGAAAAUGCGGUUCCUUUUUCAAAGGUAGAUCUUUAUCCAUUGGGAACUGAAAUAACUCCCAUGCAGCAGUAUAGUUCACCGUUUUAUAUCGACUGCCGUGUGAGUGUGUAGUACGUUGAUUGGAAGUAGUCGGCAUUAGUAAGGUAUUUUACGUUAGGCUAGGAAGUACCUAGAAGUGAAUUCCCCACAGCAGACAUUGUUCGACAUAUAGGAAUUUUACCCUGCGUAACACCGUGCAAGCAACGACUGGCGUCGGAUAGAAUUGAAUCAUUACUGAAUUUGAGUGGUUACCGUUCCACUGGAUGAGUCUCUCGGAUCUCUUUUGGUGCUUGAAGAUCUAGUUACAUCACAAAUUAGGAAAAUGAUCUGUAUCAGAAUUGUUUUCCUUUACAUGUCACUGGCUAUUAGUAAGCCUUCAUAAUCCUCAGGAUUGGGCCACUUCUCUCUGUUGGCUAGUCGUUAACCGCAAUAGGAAAAAGAGGAAGGGUGGCUCUACUCGGCUGUGUGGUUAUGUCACUUAGAAAUAGUUAUGUAUAGUACGUUCGAAUUUUGUUAUCGAUUAAAUUGUUCCACUGUAUAUUUGUUUCUAUCUUAUGUUUUAGACUUUUUACAGUUCUAUAUCUGCGGCUCCUGCGGAAUUUUUCAAAAAUUUUAUUGAUCUGUGCUCAUUUUAACUUGAGAUCUAUUUUUUUUUUUCAUCUAGACAUCAAAACGAAACGGCAGUCCAUCAGUAAUAGAACUUGACUUUUAUAACCUUUCUGAAUAUAGUCACAGACUAGAACAAAGACGACACGCAUGGAACACCAGAAAAGAGAAACGGUAGCGUAAAACAGGUCGAGCAGUUUUACACUACCCCGUUAUUAUAAUAUCAAGUGCAGUUCUAUCAUUCUAUCUGUUAUCUUUAAAUGAACCUCGUUCUAAUACCUCAUUUCAUAUGUGUACGCGUGGUAAUUUCUUACCUAAACAGAAAUACUGAAGUUCUAGUCAGGUAGAAAGACGUUAUGGCUAAACUAAGUUUAUAUUAAAACACCCUUCGAGAUCGUCGUCGUGUGAACACACCACCCAGUCGACGAAGACGCAUUUUGUUAUGUAGGGAAUGUAAGUAUUGGCCAAAUGUUACUUAACGCUAACAACGAUUGUUAGCUAAAGGAAAAAGUACGGUUGCGUUCUUCUUCGUCUCUUCUUCGUCAAGGAACUUUAUAAAAAAUAUCAAUUGAAAAUAUCUAUUGGAUUGAGUCGAUGGUGGAACUUUGUAAAUUGCUAAUGAUGUUUUUCGAAGAAAUCAAUCAUUCAACGAGCCUUUAGACUAACUGUGUAUUUUCAACGGAAGAAAAGUUUUUGAAAGGAAAGGCAAUGUUUCGCAAUGAUUUAGUACCAAGCUGUUUAACUCAUAAAUCACAAUUUGCCUACUGCAGGUUCUCACGAAGUUCCUUCGGGAACACAUCGUUUCACCUGAGGUUUUGCUAGAAAAGACAAGGUGGUGAAGUUGAGUUGUGCAUAGUCCAGAUACUAGUACAUUCAGGUGUUGUAUCUCGUCGAUCUGCAGCAAUUGCAUGUGGUUUUUAAUGCUGUUCUGGCCGCAUCAAGCCUGUGUAGCUAGCGUUCUCGUCUGUGAUCCUGGUAUACAGAGUUGGCCAUGUCGUCGUAAUUUUUUUUCAAAAACAACCUUAAAAGUGUAGCAUCUUAACUAAGACAACGCGAUUAUUUACUCUGUUUGACAUAUAUACGAGAAACAUUUUCGUAUCAAAUGAACUAUCGAUGGCAUUCCGUUUGCCCUUGUGAUGGGACAUAAUGUCCCAUCCCGUCCUCUACGUGUUUCAAUGUAGUGGAUUUUGAAAACACAAUUCGCUUUUAUUCCGUUUGGAAACUGAAACAGGAGAAACUGUGCUAGAUAAAUAAGCUGGUACUUUUGCUUUUUUAGCCAGCAGAGGUUCCAUAGACUGUCACAAAAUGUUUAAGUGUACCAAAUAGCUCGACGCUUUGAGCAAUUCAAGUCGAUAUUAUGCAUCUUCAAAAGGCUCCAAGGGUUAUAGAAUUCAUGUGUAAGGUCAACGUUCUCUUAUUAUAUAAGAAGUAAAGCGACUGAUAAAGCUUUUUGUUCCCCAUAUACGAAACGACGUUUAAAUUAUUAUUAUUAUGCAGUGCUACCCCUGUGCAAUGCACCUGUCGGAACAGAAUUUUGUUUCUCCAUGAUCCGCACAAGAAUAUUGUACGCCAACCUUAACCUAACCUUAUUCUUAUUAUUAAGUUAUUAUUCUUUGAUAUUUGUGUAGAAUCCACUAUCGUUUUCAUCUCAUGGCAGUUGAACUGCAUGAUGUUGAGUCAUAUAGUCAUUGUUUUGGAUACACCCAUCAUUAUGUAAGAGACUUGCUAUGGAUGAGCUAAUUACAAACUAUUGCAACGAAUGCAGCUUAAACCGCAUCUAGCACGUAGCUACAUGUAACUAUAAAUACUACCUAGAAUGGGGCGCGUAUCAUUUCAGCUGGAGUUUCGCCAAGAAAGAAAGAAACAAAGACGAUACGGGAGAUCCGAGUCGGCCCAGUAGUUCGAAAUAUUGCAAAUAAUGAUGAAAAAUAAGCGUUAUUUUUCUACUUCCUUAUUCAUUAGUCAAUUUUUUUUGCAUGUAGCUGAGCAAAAAAUCAAUUGUUAUGUCACUUACGUUACUAUAAUUUUAAGCGCCAUAUAUACGAUGGUUAACAUAAUUAUCAUUAUUUAGCAGGUAUGCUAACUGGAUACUGUGUGGAAGUAAAUUAUGUGAUUUUUACCUAAUGAGAGAAAGGCAUGUGACAUGCCUUUUCAAUUUUUUUUUCACUAAAUGUCCAUGAGUGAUGCGUAAUUGUAGACUUUCUGAUUUAUAAAUGAUACGUAUUAUUUGGGAGCAUAAAAUGUAUCGAGUACGUUUGCUAAUCAAGUGGCACGGCUUCUGAAAAGGGGAGGACUCAGAUACGUUCGGCUGGGUGCCGUAAUGUACGAUAAAUGUUUAUAAAGCCCAGGAUUUAGUGGAAGCUUCAGAUCUCUAAUCAGUAACCCAUUAACGAGAACGUAUGUGUUAUAGUUCUGUCAUUUUCAUUGGAACUUGAAACGUAAUAAAAAAUACAGGUUAGCUAAGCCGUGUUGUGCGCGCGACGUAUACUAAUUGUUUGCUUAGUAGGUCCCCUUGUUGGAGCCUCCACUUGCAUGUAUCCGUUUUACAGUACUUCGAAAAAAUAUAGGAUUAGUGAACGCUGAAACGGCUCGCAAUCGUUUAGUUUGCUUGUGAAUAAAACUUUAUUAAGACAGUAUAGUUUUUAUUACGAAUAAGUUAGUCUUUUGUAACAACUUGUUCUGAACAUAUGCCAAAGAGAACGGCAGUUAUGUCGUAUAAUAUGAUGCCGUAAUCGAGGACCGCCUCUUAGGACUAAACAUUGAAACGCCUUUGGAGAAAUAUUUGUUAAUCCAAAUUACUGAAAAUUUACAAGAUCGCCAUUUGGCAAUUUCUGUCCGUUCAGCUGGCGUCUAUGCCAUUUUGUCUCUAUUUAGCGUUUUGUACCUUGGCAUUUCGCAUCUGUCUAUUCUUGUUACUAUAAGAACGAUGAACAAAGAAUAGUAGAUUUGGACCGAGUUGUGUAUCUUUGUCAAGACCAAGUUAAUUAAAUAAUUGUAAAUGUUUAUUUAUUUAUUGGAAUAUAUCCGGAGCAUUAAGAGAUUUGAUUCAGUUAUCUCUCAGAAGCAAAACAAAGAACGGUUAAUCGCUUGCUGUACAUCGCAAAAGCCACCGCAUACGUAAAUCUGGCACUAGUCACCAGUCUUUUUGGGACUUUGUUCAGAACUAGUAGUUGAACAUUUGGUCCGAUAUUUGCGCAAAUCCUGUGGCCGUUUGUACGUUAAUUCAAUAUCUCUAUCCCACGACGUGUACUAUAUGCACUUUCCGGCAUAAUUAAAAAAGAAAAUGGCCAUGCACGUAUAAAGAAAAAACUACGAGAAGAAUCUAACGGGCAGUGGAACUUCUCGUCGCCAAGUAUCUUUCGUCUGGAGUAGACUGAUUAAAACCGGUGACAUGAGAUGUCAGCAGUUUUCACUACUAGUAUCUUGUACACGUAU